AUGGCCAAUCGCGUCGGCAUCGCCUACGAGGCGCUCCCGUCCAACGCCGACUUCGAGGCCGUCCGAGGCGAUGUCGAGCGACACCUCCCGCUCCGCAACCUCCACUGGGUCCGCAAAACCUCGGCCAACCGCACCAUCCGCACCAUCCAGACCCUCCCGCUCGAUGUCCGCCCGCUCCCCUCGUUCCACGCCGCCCACGACCUCCUCGACCGCCCGUACCUGCACCUCCUCUUUGUCGUGUGCGACGACAACGAGGUGUACCGCGCGACGCUGCGGCACCAGAUCCGCGAGUGGCUCGACACGAUCACGGCGCGGCACCACCAAGAGUGGCUCGUCGUCCACGUGACGCACAACGGGCGCGGCGCCGCAAAGUUCUACCAGCGCAAGGGCACCAUCGUCGACAAGAUCAAGGCCGAUUUUAACGUCGGCAAGCGUGACCGCUGCAUCCAGGUCGUCCAGGGCGCCUCGGCCGACGACCCGACCGCCUGGGCCGAGUUCCUCACAAAGGUCAAGGAGGGCGUCGUCGCCACCUUCGACACCAACGUCGGCCUGUACGAGGAGAACGUCCGCAAGGCCGACAGCCAGCGCCAGCUCGAAGGGUGGCAGUUCCUCCCGUUCUUUCGCCAAAAAGAAGCGCUCGCCGACUCGUUCGAGGCCAUGACCCUGUACGAGGACGCCCUCAUCCAGUACGACGAGCUCGAGGCUGCCUUCUUCCAGAACGCCAAGGAGCACGGCAACGCGCCCUGGUUCCGCAACAUCGGCGGGCUCGGUCCGGGCGACGACGCGCUCUCGAUCCUGUCGACGGGCCACAAGCCGUACCGCAAGCUCGUCGAGAGCAACACGAUCACGAUCUUUGACUUUCGCGUGUACCUGUUUGCGCGCCAGGCGGCCAUGCUGUACCAUCUCGGGCGCGUCGUCGAGGUCGCGAGGAGGGGCGCCUACUUUGUCAGCACGUUUGCGCGCAAGUUGCGCGAGCACCAGGCGGCGCUCGGCCAGAACUUUGUCGAGUCGUGGACGUACUCGGCGUGCCUCACCCUCGUCGCCGAGUGCGAGGCGCGCAUCGAGCAAGACCUGCUCGACACGACGACGUCGUUCGUCGCCGUCAAGGCCGAGCUCCUCGAGCUGGCCAAGAAGCAGCUCGACAAGAUCGGCAUGGGCGCCGGGCACCUCCCCGCCGUGCACCCGUUCUCGAUGAGCUUCAACGAGAGCGCGCCGUCGACCUCGUCGACCCGUCCGGGCACGCCCUCGUCGGCCACGCGCUCGCUCCAGUCGCCGACGCGCACGACGCCGCCCGUCACGCGCCAGGACCUCAUCGCCGCCAUGGGCGACGAGGGCACGUUUGACCGGCUGUACACGAACCUCGCGAGCAGGACGGCGCAGGCGUACCAGGCGAGCGGGAGAAGGAGGAGUGCGGCCAAGGUCUCGGCGUUCCUCGCCGCCCUCGAGCACCACCGCCAGCACCUCGCCGCCGCGCAGAAGCACUACUCGGCCCUGCCCGUGCACUACACCGACUCGCGGUGGACCUCGAUCGACGCCUUCCUCCUGUCGCGCUGCACCGAGCUCCAGCACGCGCUCGACAUGCCGCGCGACCGCCUCUUGUCGACGCUCGCGCUCGUGCGCGCCGGCGUCACGUACGGCGGGAGGACGUGGGGCCUCGAGGCGCUCGUCGAGGAGGGCGCAGAGGUCCACAGCCAGAACGAGGAGUGCGCGAGGCGGCUCAUGAGGGACGUGUACGACCUGUCGGCGACGUUAACCAAGGACUUUGCGGCUGUCGCGUUCCCGACGUUCGAGAUCACGCUCAAGGAGGACAGCGGCGCGAGGGCGCCAGACGAGGACGGCAUGACGGCGGUCGUCUCGGUCCGCAACGUGUUACCCUGUGAGGUCCGCGUCGACGAGGUCCGCCUCAAGCUCGCGACCGCCGCAGGCGAGCAGGUCUGGCUCACGAGCGGCUCGUGCGUCCUGCGACCCGGUUCUACGCCUGUCACGGUCUUUUGUCCUACCUCGGUAUCGGGCCGCCUCACCCUCGAGCUCUCCCAGCUCCGCUUCUCGCGCAUCAUCUUCCAGUACUCGCACCGCCCUCCCUCGACCCGCAACCUCGCACCCGAUCCUCGCAUCGUCCCGACUGCCCCGGGCAAACAGCCGUCGCUCUUCCUCGCGCCAGACCACCAGGCCGUCGUCGUCUCGACCGACGAGCCGGACUCGGUCCACCUCGACCGCGAGCGCGAGAUCAUCGUCGUCGCCGACCCGGGCCGCAACAGCGUCACGCGCAUCUCGCUGCGCCUCGUCGUCGCGACGCCGGACGUGCAUCUCGCGGCGCCGGACGCGCAGCUCGUCGACGAGGGCAAGGGCGCGCAGGCGCGGCUCGGACGCUCCGAGACGAACGACACGCUCGUCCUCGAGGGCUUGCGGCCGUUCGAGCCCGUGCGCGUCAAGGUGCCGCUGCGGGGCAACAUCGUCUCGCCCAUCGUCGAGUUCACGGUCAUUGCAGAAUACGCGACGGCAAAACGACCAUCAACGAGGAGGACCCUGCGCAGCACGUUCGCCUACUCGAUCGCGCUCCCGCUCGCCGUCAACGUCCAGGACUACUUCCGCAAGCACUGCCUGCUGUCUAAGUUCUCGGUCACGACCGACGGCAUGCACGCGCUCAAGGUCCGGUCGGCGCACAUGCAGGCGCCCAAGAAGGUCACGGUCAAGGCGUGCAGGCCCGAGAGCGACAAGCCCGUUAUUCUCGCGCCGGCGCAGACGGCCAACUUCCUGUUCAAGAUGACGUGCGACGACCCGUCGAGCGUCAAAGAUCCGCUCCGCCUCGUCCUGAGCUACUCGUCCACCGAGCAUCGCCUGCGCACCCGGGUCCGCUCGACCGCCCUCGCCACCCUCUCGUCGUCCACCCUCGUCCCUCUUCAGCGCUGGAUCGUCGCCGCCCUCCUGUCCGACGCCUUCUCGUCGACCGACGUCGAGGCGUACUGCGCCGACGAGUCGCUCGAGCACCUGUCGUUCGACGAGCGCACGUGGAGGAGAAGAAUGGAGCUCUGCCUCGUCGGCAAGGAGGUCGAGGACGAGGUGUUGGCGGCGGUCCGGCAGGUGUACACGGCGUUGCAGGCGACGGCGUCGGUCGACCCUCCCGGGCUGUGGCGCACCCUCGAGAUCCCGCUCGAGCUCCCCGCACUCAACGUCCUCAACCUCGUCCGUAUCUCGCCCGCCGUUUCUCGAGUCGAGGUCGGCCAGGCCAUCCCGGCGACGCUCACGAUCCAGCCGACCUUUCACUGGUCGCGCGCCGAGCUCGGCGAGGCGGACGAGCGUGAGAUCAGGCUCGUGUGGUCCGUCGUCGCGAACCCGGGCGAGUGGGUGGUCGGCGGGCAGGCGAGGGGAGAGUUCGUCGCGCAGGACGGCCAGCUCCUCUCCAUCCCAUUCACCCUCAUCCCGCUCCGGCCCUCGUCCCUCUUCCUCCCGUCCAUCUCGAUCACGCCCCUCGCGUCGCCCGGCGCCGCCCCCCAGCUCGUCGCGUGCGAGACGCAGCACCUGACGGCUGCCGUCGCCGUCGAGGUGCUCCCGAUCGCGCACAGGUCGACGUUCGAGGUGCUCGUGCCGGCUCGGGCAUGA